CUCCCCUCCCCGGCCCUGCCUGGCUCUGCAUUUGGAAGGCUGAUCUUCUGUGAAAAAAAUCCCUGACAUUUGAGUCUCUCCCGGGAUUUAUACCGAGCAUGCCCAGUGUUCGCCGUCUCCUCGGAGGAAACGGGUGUAGAUUGGAGUCGGACGGAGCCAAGCCUGCUGCGUGUCAGUGCGACUUUACAGCUGGCUGUGAGGUUAGGAGCAACUGGCGCUAGCUACACUCUUUUCUUGUCCCAACAAAUACUUUUUAUAUCUUUACAAGUAUUUAAAAACUCCCUAGGAUUUUUAUCGGGAAGUAUUUUUUUUCCCAACGUUUUUCUUUGAUUCGAGGAGUUUAUUUACGCGUAGAAAAGUUGAGUUGGAAGUCUGAGCAGUUUAGCAGCUCGGUGUGGUCGACUCCUCCACGUCAAGUCGGGCUCUGGUCGCAAUCCUUUUUCUUUGCGACUCGGUUGGAAGCAAAAAAAAGCUGGUCUUUUAAAUGCUUGUUAGGAAAAUGGAUCUAUUGAGCUAUCAGUACCUGGACAAAAUGAACAACAACAUCGGAAUACUUUGCUACGAAGGCGAGGCAGCGCGUCGAGGUGAUCCCAUGAUGCACCAGUCCAUGUCCUUAUCAUCGUCUGGCGUCUCCAACCAUAGCCACCGGACGGGCCAUCCACCCAUCAGCCCCAGCAAGAGGAAGCACAGCCGUAGCCUCAGCACAGGACAGGACCAACAAGACAAUGAUGACCAAGACUGUGACAACCAACACGUGGCCAAGAUGAGCCGGCUGUUUGCUGCACAGCUAGGCAAGCCUUCCAAUGGCGACUUCCGUAGUACUAAGGACCCUCGGGACUGUAGCCGCAGCCCCAUGGAGCGAGCCGCCGCCCCCUCCAUGGUUCUCCAUGGAAACCACCACCUGUAUGCCCCCCACCACCACAUGCCCAGCCUGGCCAUGGACCAGCCUCUCGCCCUGACCAAAAACAACAUGGAUGCCGCCCGUACCUUUGUCAUCUCACCAACUGUCAGCCCUGUGGAACGCCAGCAGAAUCGUCCGUCAGUGAUAACGUGCGCUCCGGCCAAAAACCGGAACUGUAACCUGCCUAACAACUACAGUAGACCAGCCUGCAACUCCAACUCUGCGUGUGUUGACCCGGUGAUCGAGGAGCAUUUCCGUCGCAGCCUGGGGAGGAACUACAAGCAGCCGGAACCCGUCUCUGACUCUGUGUCCAUCACCGGCUCUGUGGACGACCAUUUCACCAAGGCCUUAGGAGAAACCUGGCUGCAGAUCAAAGCCAAAGGAAGCUCCUCCUCCUCCUCCUCCUCCUCCCCUGACUCCUCCCCCAACAGUCACAUGGUCAACCACAGCCACUCCCCAUCCAUUGUGUCCUGAUGGGAGGGGCUUAGAGCCAGCUAAAACCCGCCCCCCCUGCCCCAUCCCUUAUUCACUGUAACACCACAGGUUAAACCGCCCUGCUGGAGAGUUACUGGCUAGGCAGGGUGUAUUCAUUUAGCUCCAGCCCUGUUGUAACUAACACCUGAUUCAUCUAAUCAAGGUCCCGAUGAACAGCUGAUGUAGAAGAAUCAGUCAUAUUCAUGAGGUCACCAAACUUGUUUUAAUUUUGUGUUGCAAAAUAUUUACUUAUAGUGUGCACUAACAAAUACGACCACAGGUGUGUUUCAGAGCAGGGUUGGAGGAAAACCCUGCACGUCCAAUGUCUCUCCUUCCAGGAAGAGGGUUGGCCUUGUUCCCUGGUGUAAGACUACCCUGCAUGAUGUAACCCCGUAGAGAGCUGUGCCUGUAGCUAGGGAUAUAGCCAUGUAUAUAACCACGGAGUAAAAGGGAAGCAUUUUCUUUUCUCUACGUUUUGACUUUUGGCAUUUAUUUAGUUUUGAAUUGACUUUUUAUGUAGAAGUAGGUUUUGCGUACUUCUUUCUGUUUGUGUUAUUGGACGCCUGAGAUUUUGAAAAGAAAAGCUGAGCGGGAAACAGUUUGUUUCUGUGUACAAUGAGAUGUACGGAUUCAAAAUGGAGACGCAUCCCAACCAACCACAUGCCUUCGUUACCAAAGAGAACUCUGAUGCAAAUCUGUUACCUCUUUUUAAAAGAAAGAAAAUAUAUUUUAUUACCCCAUCUUUCUAUCUCUCUGUUCUGUAAAGUAUAGUUUUCUCCCUCACCCCUCCACCCCUACUUUCCUCUCCUCUACUUUAAUCUCCUACUUUCCUCUCCCCUACUUUCCUCUCCCCUACUUUCCUCUCCCCUACUUUCCUCUCCCCUACUUUAAUCUCCCCCUUUCCUCUCCCCUACUUUCCUCUCCCCUACUUUAAUCUCCCCUUUCCUCUCCCCUACUUUCCUCUCCCCUACUUUAAUCUCCCCCUUUCCUCUACUUUCCUCUCCCCUACUUUCCUCUCCUCUACUUUAAUCUCCCCCUUUCCUCUCCCCUACUUUCCUCUCCCCCUUUCCUCUCCCCCUUUCCUCUCCCCUACUUUCCUCUCCCCUACUUUAAUCUCCCCCUUUCCUCUACUUUAAUCUCCCCCUUUCCUCUCCCCUACUUUCCUCUCCCCUACUUUAAUCUCCCCUUUCCUCUACUUUAAUCUCCCCCUUUCUUCUCCCCUUUCCUCUCCCCUACUUUAAUCUCCCCCUUUCCUCUACUUUAAUCUCCCCCUUCCCUCUCCCCCUUUCCUCUCCCCUACAUUCCUCUCCCCUACUUUAAUCUCCCCCUUUCCUCUACUUUAAUCUCCCCUUUCCUCUCCCCUACUUUCCUCUCCCCUACUUUCCUCUCCCCUACUUUAAUCUCCCCCUUUCCUCUACUUUAAUCUCCCCCUUCCAUCUCCUCUACUUUAAUCUCCCCCUUUCCUCUCCCCCUUUCCUCUCCCCCUACUUUCCUCUCCUCUACUUUAA